AUGAUCUCGAUUGCCUUAUUGACCGCACUGGUCAUUUCCAACAUGAAGUUUUUCAUGACAUGCGCAGUUGCAGGCCUAUCAGCCUGGAUGAUCCCACAAAUCAGACAACCCAUCGCAUUAUUCUUCCGUAGAUUGGCUACAGGACCCACGUCAAAUCUGAUCCUUUACUUCAUGGUUCAAAUCCUUGUGGUGUAUUACAUAACAAUACUCACCUUUAAUGUGGAUGUUCUCAUUGAGACACCCCCAGUUGCCUACGUGAAGAUCGAUGCAAAGAACGGGACCCGGACUCGCGUUUCCCCGAAGGAGUACAGUAGUUUUUCUUCUCGACAGAGUCAAGCUAGUGGGUUAUCUGGAGAUGAGUGGGAGAGAGUCCGGGAGGAGCAAGUUGAGGCAUACUAUGCGGAGAGAAAGGAGAGUACACUGAAUGAAGAGCUGAGGAGAGCUGGUUUUACUGGGACGGACACUGAGAGGGUCAUGGCUACUUUUGUGAUGUAA